AUGGCCUCGACCACAUUUUCUUUGGAGGUUGCAGAAAAGGCCCUCGAAGAGAAUGGCUUCUUUGAUCUAGAAGAUCCGGCUAUGGGAGAAUAUGUAGAGCAGAUGGAGCGCAGAAGCUUCCCUUUCGUCUCAGAAUAUGGUUUAGACUUUUGUAAGGAACGAGUCCUCGACGAUGAGCGUAUUACCAUCAUUAUCGAAACCGUCCUCGGGAGAUGCGCGCUGGCGCACUGGCUGAGAUACAAAGCAUACCCCGGGCACAUCGUUUGCUUUAGGGCAGGUGGUCCAAAAGCUGGUCGACGCUCGCUGCUGGUUCAACUAUGGGCCAAAGGGUCACACGUGGAAUACUACAGGGGCUCACACCUACACGAUAUGCCCAAAGAGGAGGGAGCUCGGUUGCUAUGGGAGAUCGAGCCGUCUACACUCGCUGAAGCAGGCUGUGUUGCCUUGUCGAAGGAGUUCCCAAACGGGGGCGUGUAA